GCCCUCAGCCUGGCCCCAGCAGGGCACCCUCCCGCCCUCCCAGGGGAGUCCCCCCACCUGCAGGACCAGCACCAGCCCUGCCCUCCAGCCCUGCCUUCCAUCCUUCCAUCUUUCCAUCUUUCCUUCCAUCUUUCCUUACUUCCCUUCCAUCCUUCCUUCCUUCCUUCCUUUUUUCCCCUUCCUUCCCUUCUUCCUCCUCCUCCUGGUCUUCUCCUUCGGUUGGGACAUGUUGAACCUCAUGGAUUCCUCUCGCCAACAGCAGGACUCUCUGGAUGCCAAGGGCCGGCUGGACCCCUCAGGAGAUGCCCAGAUCCCUGGGCAGCAAGAAGACCUUUUGAGCCAGGCGCAGAGGGAAGGGAUCCCGGAUUACCUGCCAGGCGACUUUAUGGGAGCCACAAUGAACCCUGAAAUGGCAGAUUACUACUUCCUCUCUGGCCAGGCUUCUCCUCCUGUCAGCUACACGGGUAGCUUCUUCAUCAAGACAGAGCAAUGCCAAGAUCAAGAGUCCCUCUUCAAUCUGAUGUCUGGCAUCCUUGGACUGUCUCCAUUCUCCAACUCAGAAGCUCCCCAGAGGCAGAUGGAUGCUGCCUACAGUGUCCCAGAUGCCAUACAGAGUCACCUGGACCUCUAUUCUACCUGCCAACCUGAACUGAACAUCUCUGUACAGCCUUCCUUAGCAGAACAAGGGUAUUCUACCUUCUCCAGUUCCACCAACAUCCAGCAGCAAGUCCAAACGUCUCCUGAACUACAGAACUCCUCCCAAUGCCUUUUUAAUGAAAAACUGUUGGACAGCAAGCAGGGCAUUAAGCUCUCUUCCCUCUCGCCCUCUCUGGAGAAGUUCAAGCCCCCUUGCUCCCAUUGGGAACCUCUUGGCCCACCUCAGAGUUACCUACCCUCAGAAUACCCUCCCUCUGAGACCUUCCAUCCCAUCGAACCAAGUCCUGCCAUGUUUCCCCAGCUGAGCUCCAAAACAGAGAAUGUGCUGGCAGUCAGCUGCCAGUCAGAACUCAACAGCCUUCCAGAACAGUCAGGGGCCUUUGGGCCCAACCUAGAUUUUGGCUGCCACCCUGAACCUUUCCCCACCCACCCGCAAAUCCCCAGUGACUUUGUGGAGACCAAAAUCCCCAGCCUGCCGCCACAUCUCAUCCAAGAAUUUGAGGCAGCCUUACCCCAACCUGAAAUCCUGCCAAGCUUGAUAAACUCCAAUGACCAAAGGUUGCACAUUAGCCAUUCCUCUAUGACGGACUUUCUCACGCAUGCCUCCAAUUCCUCGGUCAAUGCUUUAGGGUCCAGCAAGACCACCGCCGGCAUCCUUGCAGAGCCAAAGAAGAAGUCUCGGAGGGGGAAAUGUUCCUCUAAAUGCUUCUGCCCCAAACCUCACGCAAAGGCUUUUGCUUGCCCGGUAGAGAACUGCAUCCGAAGCUUUGCUCGGUCAGACGAACUCAACCGGCAUCUCCGGAUCCACACUGGGCAUAAGCCCUUCCAGUGCCGCAUCUGCCUAAGGAACUUCAGCCGCAGUGACCACUUGACCACGCACAUCCGGACCCACACAGGAGAGAAGCCCUUCUCCUGUGACGACUGUGGCCGCCGCUUUGCCAGGAGCGAUGAGAAGAAGCGACACAGCAAAGUCCACCAGAAGCAGAAAGCCAGAGCCGAGGAAAAGCUGAAAGGCCUUGGCUUCUACACGGUGGGACUUGCUUUUGGGACACUCAAAGCCACUCGGGGGAUCCAGUAAAGACUUUAAUUUCUGAGGGGCUUAAAAGGGCUUUUGGAGGCACUUGAUACUCAGGUUAGAGAAGCCAUUUCCCAAAUGGUUCCCUCUUCUGGAAGAAGAUAAGAAGUUAGGUUGGGAAUGGCGACCAUCUGUUUUGUGGAGUCAUUCCACGAAGUGCAAAAGAUCUGAUGGCAUUGCAAUGGAGGGAUGGGUGAAAGGAAACAGAGGAAAGGGCUCAAUGGGGCCUGGCUUACAUUUAAAGUCAUCCCACAUGCAUGUCUGGUGGGUCUCAGGCAAUGGAAUGAGCCAGCUCUAUAACAACUGUGGGAUGUUCACCAUAUUUCAGCCCAUGGUCCAUGGUCAACUCCAGGAGGCAUGCCUCCAACUUUCAGUGCCAUGAGAGCCAUGGACAGUUCCCAACAGAGCUGGAGGCAACAAAGGAUGGUCUAUUUUUUCCUUUAAAAAACACCUGCUUUUGUAUUUUAGCUUUAGUUUAAAAGAACAAAUAUGCAUAUAUGUGUGUGUAUAUAUAUAUACAUAUGCAAUAUGUUAUUUAGAUAGGUAUGGAUAUAUAUUUUUACAUAUACAUAUGUAUCUGAAUAACUGCCUCCAUUUUAUACAAGAACGAGAUGACUUUGGAAAUGCUACCAAUUUUUAAUGAACUGCCCCCACGCUCCCCUUCGUAAGCACUUUAACAGACCUUCCAAGCUGGGGGUGACAUUUUAAGUAUUAGUAUUACUAUUAUUGUUGUUAAUGCUAAAGAUACAAUUCCUCAUGUAAAACCCGUGGGGGAGGACUUUUGAGGUGUGUAAAAUCAGCACAAGUCGUUGCUUUGCUAAUGAUAUAAAUGGUUGUUCUGGAAUGGACAGAUUUUGCCUAACGAUAAUUUUUUUGUACAUAAUUGCGACUGAGGGAUUUUGUGCUUCUCUAUAAAGCUCUCUCUCUCCCUUCCUUUGUAAAAAGGGGAUGUGUCAAGGUUAUUACAAAGCUGUGUUUAUUUUUGCAAA